AUGCGGCUCUGGAGUUGGGUGCUGCGCCUGGGGCUGCUGAGCGCCGCGCUGGGCUGCGGGCUGGCCGAGCGCCCCCGCCGGGCCCGGAGAGACCCGCGGGCCGGCCGCCCCCCGCGCCCCGCCGCCGGCCCGGCCACCUGCGCCACCCGGGCGGCCCGCGGCCGCCGCGCCUCGCCGCCGCCGCCGCCGCCGCCGCCGCCGGGCGGUGCCUGGGAAGCCGUGCGCGUCCCCCGGCGGCGGCAGCAGCGGGAGGCAAGGGGCGCCGCGGAGGAGCCGAGCCCGCCGAGCCGGGCGCUCUAUUUCAGCGGGCGAGGCGAGCAGCUGCGCCUGCGAGCCGACCUCGAGCUGCCCCGGGACGCGUUCACGCUGCAACUGUGGCUGCGAGCAGAGGGGGGCCAGAGCUCUCCGGCGGUGAUCACAGGGCUCUAUGACAAAUGUUCUUAUGCCUCACGUGACCGAGGAUGGGUCGUGGGCAUUCACACCGUCAGUGACCAAGGCAACAGAGACCCACGCUACUUUUUCUCCUUGAAGACAGACCGGGCCCGGCAAGUGACCACCAUCAAUGCCCACCGCAGCUACCUCCCAGGCCAGUGGGUAUACCUGGCUGCCACCUACGACGGGCGGCUGAUGAAGCUCUACAUGAACGGUGCCCAGGUGGCCACCUCCGGGGAGCAGGUGGGCGGGAUCUUCAGCCCCCUGACCCAGAAGUGUAAAGUCCUCAUGCUGGGAGGCAGCGCCCUGAACCACAACUACCGGGGCUACGUGGAGCGCUUCAGCCUGUGGAAGGUGGCCAGGACGCAGCGCGAGAUCCUGCUGGACAUGGGGACCCGCAGCCCCCAGGGCCCUCUACCUCAGCUCCUCCUGCAGGAGAACUGGGACAAUGUGAAGCGGGCCUGGUCCCCCAUGAAGGACGGCAGCAGCCCCCGCGUGGAGGUCAGCGGCGCCCAUGGCUCCUUGCUGGACACCAGCCUGGAGCCGCCGCUGUGCGGGCAGACGCUGUGUGACAGCCCCGAGGUCAUUGCCAACUACAACCGGCUGCCGCGGCUCCGCCAGCCCAAGGUGGUGCGCUACCGCGUGGUCAACCUCCACGACGACGGCCGGGAGAACCCCACGGUGAGCCGACAGCAGAUCGACUUCCAGCACCAGCAGCUGGCCGAGGCCUUCAAGCACUAUAACAUCUCCUGGGAGCUCGAGGUGCUGGAGGUGAGCAACUCCUCCCUGCGCCGCCGCCUCAUCCUGGCCAACUGCGACAUCAGCAAGAUCGGCGACGAGAACUGCGACCCCGAGUGCAACCACACGCUGACCGGCCACGACGGCGGGGACUGCCGACACCUGCGCCACCCCGCCUUCGCCAAGAAGCAGCAGAACGGGGUGUGUGACAUGGACUGCAACUACGAGCGCUUCAACUUCGACGGCGGGGAGUGCUGUGACCCCAAUAUCACCGACGUCACCAAGACCUGUUUCGAGCCGGACAAUCUGCACAGAGCAUACGUGGAUGUUAAUGAGAUGAAGAACAUUCUUAGGCUGGAUGGAUCGACGCAUCUCAAUAUCUUCUUUGCAAACUCCUCAGAGGAGGAAUUGGCAGGAGUAGCAACUUGGCCGUGGGACAAGGAGGCCCUGAUGCACUUAGGUGGCAUCGUCUUGAAUCCAUCUUUCUACGGCAUCCCUGGGCACACCCACACCAUGAUCCAUGAGAUUGGGCACAGCCUGGGCCUCUACCACAUCUUCCGAGGCAUCUCGGAAAUCCAGUCUUGCAGUGACCCCUGCAUGGAGACAGAGCCCUCCUAUGAGACCGGAGACCUCUGCAGUGACACCAACCCAGCUCCGAAACACAAGUUCUGCGGUGACCCGGGGCCAGGGAACGACACAUGUGGCUUCAACAGCUUCUUCAACACUCCGUACAACAACUUCAUGAGCUAUGCAGAUGACGACUGCACCGACUCCUUCACACCCAAUCAAGUCGCCAGAAUGCACUGUUACCUGGACCUGGUGUACCAAGGCUGGCAGCCCUCCAGGAAGCCGGCGCCCAUCGCCCUCGCCCCCCAGGUCGUGGGCCACACGACCGACUCUGUGAUGCUGGAGUGGUUCCCUCCCAUCGACGGCCACGUCUUUGAAAGAGAAUUGGGAUCAGCAUGUGACCUUUGCCUGGAAGGGAGAUUCCUGGUGCAGUAUGCCUUCAAUGCCUCCUCCCCGAUGCCCUGCGGCCCAUCAGGACACUGGAGUCCUCGGGAAGCAGAAGGUCAUCCAGAUGUUGAGCAGCCCUGUAAGUCCAGCGUCCGUACCUGGAGCCCCAAUUCAGCCGUCAACCCACACACGGUCCCUCCAGCCUGCCCUGAGCCCCAGGGCUGCCACCUUGACCUGAGAUUCCGCUACCCCGUGGUCCCCGAGUCUUUGACUGUCUGGGUGACCUUCGUCUCCACCGACUGGGACUCUAGUGGGGCUGUCAAUGACAUCAAACUCUUGGGUAUCAAUGGGAAUAACAUCUCCCUGGGGCCUCAGAACAUCUUCUGUGAUGUCCCGCUGACCAUCAAGCUCCAGGAUGUGGGCGAGGAGGUGUAUGGCGUCCAGAUCUACACGUUGGAUGAGCAUCUGGAGAUUGACGCGGCCAUGCUGACCUCCGUGGCAGACAGCCCACUCUGCCUGGAGUGUAAGCUGCUGCAGUACAAGGUGGUUCGGGAUCCUCCUCUCCAGGUGGACGUGGCCUCCACCCUGCACUUCAGUAGAAGGUUCACAGACACAGAUGUACAUCUUGGCAGUAGGUACCAGUAUUGGGUCAUCGCUAUCUCAGGAAGUGAAGAGAGUGAGCCAUCACCUGCUGCCAUAUACAUCCAUGGAAGCGGGUACUGCGGGGACGGCGUCAUUCAGAGGAGCCAAGGUGAAGAGUGUGAUGACAUGAAUAAGAUCAAUGGGGAUGGCUGCUCGCUCUUCUGUCGGCAGGAAGCCUCCUUCAAUUGUAUCGAUGAACCCAGCCGGUGCUAUUUCCAUGAUGGUGACGGGGUAUGUGAGGAGUUUGAACAAAAAACCAGCAUCAAGGACUGUGGAGUCUACACGCCCCAGGGGUUCCUGGACCAGUGGGCAUCCAAUGCCACAGUGUCCCACCAAGACCAGCAGUGCCCAGGCUGGGUCGUCAUCGGCCAACCAGCAGCGUCCCAGGUGUGUCGGACCAAGGUGAUCGAUCUCAGCGAAGGCAUUUCCCAGCAUGCCUGGUACCCAUGCACCAUCAGCUACCCGUAUUCCCAGCUGGCUCAGACCACUUUCUGGGUCCGGGUGUACUUUUCUCAACCAAUGGUCGCUACAGCCGUCAUUGUCCACCUGGUGACUGAUGGGACCUACUAUGGGGACCAGAAGCAGGAAACCAUCAGUGUCCAGCUGCUUGAUACCAAUGAACAGAUCCACGAUCUAGGCUUCCACGUCCUGAGCUGCCGGAACAAUCCCCUGAUUAUCCCUGUGGUCCAUGACCUCAGCCAGCCCUUCUACCACAGCCAGGCGGUACGCGUGAGCUUCAGUUCACCCCUGGUUGCCAUCUCGGGGGUGGCCCUCCGCUCCUUCGACAACUUUGACCCCGUCACCCUGAGCAGCUGCCAGAGAGGGGAGACCUACAGCUCUGCCGAGCAGAGCUGUGUGCACUUCGCAUGUGAGGCCGCGGACUGCCCAACGCUGGCUGUGGAGAACGCUUCGCUCAACUGCUCCAGCAGUGACGGCUACCACGGUGCCCAGUGCACUGUGCGCUGCCGGACGGGCUACGUGCUCCAGAUACAGCGGGAUGACGAGCUCAUCAAAAGCCAGGCAGGACCCAGCAUCACGGUGACCUGCACGGAGGGCAAGUGGAACAAACAGGUGGCGUGCGAGCCAGUGGACUGCGGCAUCCCGGACCAGCACCACGUCUAUGCCGCCUCGUUCUCCUGCCUCGAGGGCACCACCUUUGGCAGCAAGUGCUCCUUCCAGUGCCGCCACCCGGCGCAGUUGAAAGGCAACAACAGCCUCCUGACCUGCAUGGAGGAUGGCCUGUGGUCCUUCCCGGAGGCCCUGUGCGAGCUCAUGUGCCUGGCUCCACCCCCGGUGCCCAACGCCGACCUCCAGACGGCCCGGUGCCGCGAGAACAAGCACAAGGUGGGCUCCUUCUGCAAGUACAAGUGCAGGCCUGGAUACCACGUGCCCGGCUCCACCCGGAAGUCAAAGAAACGGGCCUUCAAGACCCAGUGUACCCAGGAUGGCAGCUGGCAGGAGGGAGCUUGUGUUCCUGUGACGUGUGACCCUCCUCCACCAAAAUUCCACGGGCUGUACCAGUGCACCAACGGCUUCCAGUUCAACAGCGAGUGCAGGAUCAACUGUGAAGACAGUGAUGCCACCCAGGGCCGCGGGAACAACGUCAUCCACUGCCGGAAAGAUGGCACCUGGAGCGGCUCCUUCCACGUCUGCCGGGAGAUGCAAGGCGAGUGCUCGGCCCCAGACCAGCUCAACAGCAACCUCAAGCUGCAGUGCCCUGAGGGCUAUGCCAUAGGGUCAGAGUGCACCACCUCCUGCCUGGACCACAACAGCGAGUCCAUCGUCCUGCCAGUGAAUGUGACCGUACGCGACAUCCCACACUGGCUGAACCCCACGCGGGUACAGAGAGUUGUCUGCACGGCUGGUCUCAAGUGGUAUCCUCACCCUGCUCUGAUUCACUGUGUCAAAGGUUGUGAGCCCUUCAUGGGAGACAAUUACUGUGAUGCCAUCAACAACCGCGCCUUCUGCAACUAUGACGGUGGAGAUUGCUGCGCUUCUACAGUGAAGACCAAAAAGGUCACACCCUUCCCCAUGUCUUGUGACCUACAGGGUGACUGUGCUUGCCGGGACCCCCAGGCCCAAGAACACACCCGGAAAGACCUCCGAGGAUACAGCCAUGGCUAAGGAAGGACAAGGAGUUGUCAAAGAAUUCCCAACGCCAGGACCCGCAUCCCUUUGGUAUUGAUUUCACAGUCAGCUGCUCCACGGAAUGGCCUCUCCACACCAGGGAUCCUUAGCACCCAACCGGUCUGCCUUUAAUUUCACCCAGGAAGGACUCGGAGUACAGGCGUGUGAACCAAGUCUCGCCAUGUUGAAUGAUGGAAUGGAAUCCCAUCUCAAAGUCUUAGAAAGGUUGCACGUACAGCGUGCAGUCCCUGAGCCUCCUAAAAUUCUAACCAUUUGUCACACGACUGCAGCGAGAAACAUAUUCUGUAUCUAGGAGUGUGCCCAUCUGUGGUUAGCAGGCAUGCAUGCAUACGCACCCAUGCAGACACCCGUGGGAGGGCAGUUUUGGAGACUGAGCAGAGAGAGACGGGGCCAGACUCAAUCCUUUCUCUCCCAGGCUCCAAACCAUCACUGUCCUUGGGAGAAAGAGAGUUACAGAAACUGCUAAGACCAAGUGUUAAAUGCCAACAUAGCUCACAGCCUGAGGCUUAGAAUAUGUAAGGUGUGCUUGAGUGCGCAGUCCUCUGGGAUUGGAGGUGAAAUGGUCUCUGAUCACCUCCCUUCUAGGGAAGUAGGACCUGAGGAAGAGGUAAAGAAUCCAAGGUAUGCGAAGCCCCCAGGGUUCGAGGCCAAGCUGGAAAUGGCUUAGGAUUGCAAUGUCAAGGUAUUAUAACAGACCCCGGCUUGAGGCCAUAAUAUCCCCCACACCCCCCACAUCUUGCCUUGGGACCACACUUGCUGCUACCUUCCCGGCUGUUCUGUCCUAUACAUUGAGUACCCCACGGUGGUAGGACUAGGUGAGGAAAAACCCCCACACAACCAAACUGUCUGCCUUAAAAGUGACCCACAUUUUCCCACAGCUCCUCACUUCUUAGUCCUUCUGCGAGGGAAAACCCCUCAUUGGCCCGCAUGGUGAGAAGUGAAGGCCCCCUGGGUGGGCUUCUCAUCCUGGAAGGGAAUUGAGGGGCUUCAGAUGCUGGAACCCUCACCAAGAGUCCAGAAUGUCUAAGCCAGUGUUAGAUUUUAUAAGCAAGAGGAACAGUGUUACGUUUCUAUGAUGCCGGAACCCUCCGGAGACUGUUGGGAUGGCAGGGACUCUUGGGUUAGCAUCCUUAUCCAAGUCUUCCUGCCCCUCCAAGGCGAGAGCAGGCUUUGGGUCCGAGGACCUCAUCGUGCCCUGAGUAGCAAUAGUUCUGGAGCAGAGAAGCAUCUCGGAUGGGAUCCACACCUGGACUGUGGCUCUAGAGGGGCCUUCGGGGGGCAGCCCAAGGGUUCCCAGCCUCGGUCCCUAACCACCCAGCAUGGUCAUCAUGCCUUCCACACAGCCUUUGGCUCCCAUACUCCCAUCCACCUCUGUCCUAGGGUGGCCCUUCCCUCUCUCCCAUGUUCAGCCUCCAAAAGUUGAGAGAAAAUUAGCCAGAUGCUCACAGAAGCCCUUACCUCUUUGGGGCCCUCUUUGUUCAGCCGGUUACCUGUCCACUCCUUUUGAAAUUAGUCAGGGAGGUGAGGAAUACAGAAUGAGGUGGAAAGAAGGCUGACAUUUGACCUGAUCUCUGAAACUGAGAAAGUAAGAUGAAGGGAGGGUCUAAGGUAGAGAUAUUGCAUAAAUAUUGCCACAGAUCAUCUCAAAUCUAGUGAAGACAACCAACCAAAAAA